AUGUUCAAGAGCGGUCUUGCCCGGACCUUCGGGAGGGCUGCUUUUGCCCGACCUACCUCCGUCGCCCGUCGCGCUUUCCAGCCUAAGACAAAUGGCCUCCCUUCCCUGGCCCGUAUGGCCAGCACUGAGGCCUCUUCCGUUGGAAAGAUUCACCAGGUCAUUGGUGCCGUCGUCGACGUGAAGUUCGACGGUGACAAGCUCCCUGCCAUUCUCAACGCCAUUGAGACCGAGAACGGUGGCCAGAAGCUCGUCCUUGAGGUUUCUCAACACUUGGGUGAGAAUGUCGUUCGUACCAUUGCCAUGGAUGGUACUGAGGGUCUGACCCGUGGUGCUGCCGCCCGUGACACCGGUGCUCCCAUCACCAUCCCCGUCGGUCCCGGCACCCUUGGCCGUAUCCUUAACGUCACUGGUGACCCCAUUGACGAGCGUGGUCCCGUCAAGGCCGACAAGUUCCGUCCCAUUCACACUGAGGCUCCCGAGUUCGUCGAGCAGUCCACUGAGGCCGAGAUUCUCGUCACUGGUAUCAAGGUCGUCGAUCUGCUUGCUCCCUACGCCCGUGGUGGUAAGAUUGGUCUCUUCGGUGGUGCCGGUGUCGGUAAGACCGUCUUCAUUCAGGAGCUGAUUAACAACAUCGCCAAGGCUCACGGUGGUUACUCCGUCUUCUGUGGUGUCGGUGAGCGUACUCGUGAGGGUAACGAUCUGUACCACGAAAUGCAGGAGACUGGUGUCAUCCAGCUCGAGGGUGACUCCAAGGUCGCUCUGGUCUUCGGUCAGAUGAACGAGCCCCCGGGUGCCCGUGCCCGUGUCGCCCUUACCGGUCUGACCAUUGCCGAGUACUUCCGUGACGAGGAGGGUCAGGACGUGCUGCUCUUCAUUGACAACAUUUUCCGUUUCACCCAGGCCGGUUCUGAGGUGUCUGCCCUUCUGGGUCGUAUCCCCUCUGCCGUCGGUUACCAGCCCACUCUGGCCGUCGACAUGGGUGGUAUGCAGGAGCGUAUUACCACCACCACCAAGGGUUCCAUUACCUCCGUCCAGGCCGUCUACGUCCCUGCUGACGAUUUGACUGACCCUGCCCCCGCCACCACCUUCGCUCACUUGGACGCCACCACUGUCUUGUCCCGUGGUAUCUCCGAGUUGGGUAUCUACCCUGCCGUCGACCCUCUCGACUCCAAGUCCCGUAUGCUCGACACCCGUAUCGUCGGUGAGGAGCACUACAACACCGCCACCCGUGUCCAGCAGAUGCUCCAGGAGUACAAGUCCCUCCAGGAUAUCAUUGCCAUUCUGGGUAUGGACGAACUGUCUGAGGCUGACAAGCUCACCGUCGAGCGUGCCCGUAAGCUCCAGCGUUUCCUGUCCCAGCCCUUCACCGUCGCCCAGGUCUUCACUGGUAUCGAGGGUAAGCUGGUCGACCUCAAGGACACCAUCCGCAGUUUCAAGGCCAUCAUCAACGGUGAGGGUGACGACCUUCCUGAGGCUGCUUUCUACAUGGUUGGUGACUUCGAGUCUGCCCGCGCCAAGGGUGAGAAGAUCUUGGCCGAGCUCGAGAACAAGGCCUAA